AGCCAGGCUGCGCGUCAUUUUCAUUUUUCCCAUUUCCCCUCCUAAUGAUGUUAGUAUAAUCUUUGAGUAGUUCCCCUUUAUUUUUUUUUGGACCCUCUAAUUCUAUCUUCAGCACGAGUUAUGAUUUUCAUGUUUGAACGCCAUUCUUUAUCUUGUCAUGUUGAGAACAGAUAGCCGCGUUUAAGUCUACUCAUCACACAAGAUGUUCAAGAAGCGUCAGAAGCCUACGGCAGCAGCCAAGCAGGAUCAGGAGAAGGAUCUGCCCGAUGCAGAUGGUGGUAGCAAGGCUGGUCCCGGCGUAGCCGAGCAAGAGGAUGGUCCCGCGAGUAAAAGGCAUGCGAUCGGACGUGGCGCCACGCGCAAUCCGGAGUCGUCAAAUGCAGUAAAACUGAACCAAUUCGGCGCUGGUGGCAACACUAAGGCUGCUCCUCAGGGAGGUGCCAUGCAGCUAGGUGGCUCUAGCUCGUCUACAAGAAGUGGAGGUAAUGGACUAGCUUUGGAUUUGUUGGGCGGACGCACUGUGCAGGAAGCGGAAGGCGAAAUUUUCGCGGUGACGAGCGAGUUCGGGAUCCUCGACGAGGCGGGCAAUAGUGCCACGGCGGCCAGAACGGGAGCGGCGUUUGCGACGCGCGAAACGUUUGUGGACGCAGACAAGAGCCAGGAUCAACGAGCUAUCAACGAGAGGAACGCGAAGAUCAAGAAGGACCUCGAUGCGGGCAAUCUGGACACCGGAGUGUAUCGCGGUUUAAACGCACGCAAGGACUACAUCGGCAAGAGCGCGGACGCGAUAUCGAAAAGCAAGAUUUCUGGUACUAUGGGUCCUGUGCGAGCGAACACGACUAUCAGAAGUACCGCGCGCUUCGACUACUGGGGCACUAGUGGCGACGGCGGCGUUUGCAAGGAGUACCUGCAGACGGGGUUCUGCGGUUAUGGGGAUGCGUGUAUUCACAUGCACGACCGCUUUGAGCUGAAACAAGGUUGGAAGUUGGACCGCGAGUGGGAGGAAGAGCAAAAGAAAAAGCAACUAAAGCUGCAGAAAAGGCUGGAACGCUGUCGGGCAGUCGAUGCAGGAGAAGAGAUCUCAUCAGAUGAAUCUAGUGACGACGAAGACGCGAUGAAGCGACAGAUGAAUGAAGAAGGUAAGUACUUAAUUAUCCUUUGAGGUUCGAACUUCAACAUUGCGCUUUCUGAGUUCUCCUCGCACGUAUAUAUGUACCAGGGAGGGAGGCCCCCCGCCUGUAUGUAGCUAUAUGUGCUCUACCCAUCCUUGUAAGAUUUCUAAAGCGGCUUCAUCUGCUUUCACACAUCACCACACAGAUCGCAAGCUGAUGAUGCCUGAUAGGUGUGGUGUAUGCAAGAAGACUUGGGAUGAGCUGGGCAGCGUACCGCCAACUAGCACGAAUUGUGACCACUACUUCUGCGAAUCUUGCAUCAUGGCGCACUGGAAGAAGAGCAGGAAAUGUCCACAGUGUAGUAAGCCUCUGAAUGGUAUAUUUAACAACUGCGAAGACCAGUGGGAGAAGUGGAAGAAGCGAAAGCAACAGUUGCGCGACGAGCGACGAUCGGCAUUAGAAGGCGGCACACGAAGAACUAGUGGUGUUGAAGCGUUGAUUGGCAUCAAGGGCGUCGCGUACUAAGUUUGUGGUAAAGCGCUGCUCUUACCGAUUUGCAGGUGCUGACGACGACAUGUUCUUGCUCCUCUUCAGUUCUUUCACAAUUAAACACCAAAGUUAUAUAUAACACAGCCCAACUCCUGCGUCUCCCUCUUUUUACCCGUCACGAUAAGACGAAGAUCUUUCCUCGCAUUAUCAUUCACAAUCAUAAUCUUGCUGGAGGAGAUAGGAAUACCAAGCAGAGGCUGGUGUCCGUAUUGUGCCCCAUUGACGUCCGACUAUAAACGAUCGAUACAGAGUACUGAGUGAGGCGGACACUGCGUAAUGUCAGAGAGAGAGAGACAAAAA